AUACACUUAAAAAUUAUACAUUACAAAGCUAACCACUUUUAAAAAUGGUGUAAAUAUGGAAAUGUCAACGUGACAACUGAGUGAUACAUUUUUCUGUCAUCUAGCAAAUACAAUUUUAAAGUGCGUUCCGCUACACACUGCAGAUACCCUUUAUAUAAACCUAAUGCACCGGCGCGUAGUGGUCACAGGCUUAGGUGUGGUGUCACCUGUGGGAACAGGCGUUUCAGAAGCCUGGCGGGCGAUUGUUGCAGGACAGUCCGGUAUAACAAAGUUGACUGGGGAAGAAUACGCAACUCUACCAUGCAAAGUAGCCGGUUUUGCCAAACGACAGGGUUCCCGAAUAGACCUGACAACGUUUUUCAAGAAAUCAGAGUUAAAGACCAUGGCCCCAGCCACUGGUUUUGCUUUAAUAGCAGCCCAAGAAGCAAUAGAUAAUGCAAAACUAGCAGAUCUACCUGAAGAUGACAAACAGAACAUUGGUGUAGCAGUUGGUAUGGGAAUGGUAGAUUUAACAGAUAUCUGCAACACAUAUGAGAAUUUAAAGAAGGGCUACCAUCAUGUUAGCCCAUUUUUUGUCCCCAGGAUCUUACCCAACAUGGCUGCUGGUCAGAUUAGCAUCAAGUAUGGUUUCAGGGGCCCUAACCACUCAGUAUCCACAGCUUGUGCCACAGGAGCACAUGCUAUAGGUGACUCUUUUAGAUUUAUAAAGAAUGGAGAUGCUGAUGCAAUGGUGUGUGGUGGAACAGAAGCUUGCAUUUCACCAAUAUCAAUAGCAGGAUUUUGUAGGCUCAGAGCAUUAUGUACCUCUUUCAAUGAUGAACCUGAGAAGGCAUCCAGACCUUUUGAUAAAAAAAGAGAUGGGUUUGUGAUGGGUGAAGGUAGUGCCAUAUUAGUGCUGGAAGAGCUCCAUCAUGCGUUAAAACGUAAUGCUCCUAUACAUGCAGAGAUUUUAGGGUAUGGUUUAUCUGGUGAUGCUUCACACUUAACAGCACCAAAAGCUGAUGGGACUGGAGCACUAUUAGCUAUGAAACGAGCAAUAUCAGAUGCUAAAAUAGAUGUAAAUGCAAUCACAUACAUCAAUGCACAUGCUACAUCAACUCCUUUAGGUGAUAACAUUGAGACCAAAGCCAUAAAGUUACUAGUCAAAGAUAAUGUCAAAAAUAUAGCUGUAUCAUCAACCAAAGGAGCCCAUGGCCACUUAUUAGGAGCUGCAGGAAACCUAGAAGCUAUUUUCACAGUGAAGGCAGUACAAGAAGGUGUUCUACCCCCCACGAUAAACUUUGAAUCAUCUGAAGAAACUGACAUCAACUUCAUACCUGUACAUAGUCAAGAAUGGAAAAAAUGUGAUAGAAGGAUAGCCUUAAAAAAUGCAUUUGGUUUUGGAGGGACUAACACUAGUUUAUGCAUAGCACAGUUCAUAGCAUAGUCUAUCUAGGACACUUAAAUUAGGUAAAAAACGCAUCACAUGUAGAUUUAAGAUGAGUAAAAGAUUUUGCUGAAAUGACUGGCAUGUAUAUAUGACAAAAGCAUUUAGCUCACAAUUUUUUGUUGAGUAUUUUGGAAAAUAAUAUAUUUUCAGAAAAUAUAUCAUUAAACCUUUCUAGUGUUUUUUUCUCAAUUCACUCCAAAUUAUGGAAAGUUGUAAGGCAUCAAAUUCCAAAUAAUUGAGGCCUGACCAUGUAUAUAAUUAUCGCUUUUUACUAUCCUGUCUGGCCAAGUUUGGGCUGAACUAUACUUUAGCGCAUAUCGUAAAUAUAUCAUUUAUUAUUUUAAAAUGAAAGAUUAGGAUGUAACUUGCACGAAAAUAUAAUUUUUUCUUUAAGGAACCCUCUGCUUGCUAUUUUAUAAACUUCAGAGGUUGCAUCUUGGGUGCUAAUACUGUGGUAUAGAAUACUGCUUUAUAUAACCUGUUUUCUUCUUGUUUAUAGGGUCACUGUCUUAUUCUCUCCAUCUAGUUGCGAUGUUGCCAAAUCCUGGAUAGUAAUAUACCUUAAGUUGGUUUGUCAAAUUCUUACUUAUAUACUAGCGCAAAAAUGUGAAAUCGGCACAGGAUUGUCAUGAAAAUGCGAUUUGG